UGACGGCCCGUCGCCGUAUUGGUUCGAGCUUCCUACCGCCCCAAGCGCAGGUCUUCCUCCGAAGGACACGUCCUUCGGGUCUCCCUGUUGUCAGCGUCGAGCCGCCGCCUCCGCGGCAGCUGCCGCCAUGCCCACCUCGGUCUCCCAGGCGUUGUGCUCCCUGGCCGGAGGUAAGGCCCCGCCCACGGACGUCAGCGUCGCAUACGGACUCUUCGGCGCGUGCGCCCUGACGGUCUACCACUUCGUGGCCAACGGGGAGUUCUCCGCUGUGCUGACGAUGGCGGUCAUGCUCCAGUGCCUGGCGAUCUCCUUGCUCUGCCUGCAGACUCUCGCGAACGGCAGCGCCACCGGGCUCUCCGCGCGCGCGCUGGGGAUGGAGGCCGCCUCGCUGGCGCUGCGCCUGUCCUCGACCACGUGGCUGAACGGCUACCUGCCCGUGGACGCCUCGGGGGACCUGGUCUACCAGCUCGUGGACGCUUGCUCGCUGGCGAUGGUGCUGUGGCUCCUCCGCCAGGUCGCCGUCGUGCACCGCGGUUCGUACCAGGCAGACGCCGACACCCUCCCCGUCGGGCACAUGCUGCUCGGCGCCUUCGCGCUGGCGGCGCUCCUCCACGACCUGUUCGUCGCUGAGGCUCACCGUGGCCAGGAAACACCUUCCGUUCCUUAUAUACUUGAACCUUGCGGUGGCGGCCUUUCAGCCCCAUCCAAGCCUGACUCCCCCUUUGCUGGAGGACAUGAACAGCCGCCCGGUGUUCGACACGCUCUGGAUGGCGGGCCUCUUCGUGGGCGUGGUGUCGGUGUUGCCGCAGCUGUGGCUGGUGUCUAAGACGGGCGGCGUGGUACAGGCCUGCACCAGCCACUGGAUCGCCAUGAUGGCGGCGAGCCGCGUGAUGAGUGGCAUCUUCAUGUGGCACGCGCGCUUCGACGUGACGUGCUCCCCCUGGGUGGAGGGCUUUAGCCACGCGAUCUGGGCCAUCUUGGCCGCACACCUCGUCCACCUGGUGCUCCUUGGCGACUUCGCCUAUUGCUACCUGAAGGCCAUCGCCACCCAGGGCCUCGCCUGCAACCUCGACCUGCGGGCCGAGCUUGACAUCGUGUGAGCGCGCGUCUCACCCACGUGGCGGCCGUCGGCUUCGCCCCCCUCUUCGUUGUUACUGUCAACGAAAGGAUACUGUCCUGACGAGGCCAGGAACCCUCCAGCUUGCACCACGAGCGUUGCUCCACUCAGCCGGGUGUGGUGCAAGGUGCGGGAGCAAUUUAAGUGCGGACAAAGACAAUGCUCGCACACGUGACGCAGCUGCUGCUGCUACUGUUGCUGCCAUUGUUGCUUCUGCUGCUGCCCAGAAAAGAUGCGCUACACUCGCGUCGGUACAGCGCCUGCGACAGGAACUAAAAACAGC